AAUUCAUCCUCCAAAUCAUAAAUGGUGGAAAACUUGUAUACUUUAGCAGGUUUACUUCAAUAUUAAUAAAUGAACAUUUCUAGCUGGCAGCUGCUGCAUGUUCUAUUUUGCAUUAUGGUUGUGCCAAAGCAUUCACGGAUAUCAACUCCAGCUCUUCGGCUCCUUCAGCAAGAGGACCAAGUGGUAAUAGAUAAUGGCAUAUUCCAACUAAGAUUGACAAAUCCAGGAGGAAAUAUCAUUGGUAUUCAAUAUAAUGGGAUUGAAAAUCUACUGGAGCUCAACAACCCAAGCUUGAAUGGAGGGUUCUGGGACUUAAAUUGGAGUGUACCUGGAACUGCUGGAACAAGAGGAAAAUUUGAUAAGAUCGAAGGUAAUAGUUUUAAAGUUAUUAUGGAAACUGAAGAACAAAUAGAGCUCUCAUUUACAAGGACAUGGGAUCCUUCACUUCAGGGCGAGCAUUCCCCGUUAAACAUAGACAAAAGGUUCAUAAUUCUUCGGGAUUCGCCUGGUUUUUACUCUUACGCCAUUUAUGAACACAAAGAGGAUAUGCCAGAAUUCAACCUCAAUGAAGCCAGGAUAGCUUUCAUGCUCAGCAUAGAAAAGUACUGUUAUACGGCUAUGGAAGAUGAUAGGCAAAGGCUAAUGCCUCUUCCUAUAGAUCGUGUACCUCCCAGAGGGAAGGAAUUAGCAUAUCCAGAAGCAGUCCUGCUAGUUGAUCCCGUGGAGCCAGAAUUUAAAGGAGAAGUUGAUGACAAGUAUCAGUAUUCAUGUGAGAAUAAAGAUAACAAAGUCCAUGGCUUCAUUUGCUUAGACCCUCCAGUGGGAUUCUGGCAAAUUACUCCAAGCAAUGAGUUCAGAACAGGUGGACCUAUCAAACAGGAUCUUACUUCCCAUGUUAAUCCAACAACUCUGGCUAUGUUCGUGAGCACUCAUUAUGGAGGCGAGGAUUUCGUGAUUAAAUUUAGAUCAGGCGAACCAUGGAAGAAAGUUUUUGGACCUGUUUUUAUAUAUCUCAAUACUGUAUCAGACAAGAAUGAUACACGUUCCCUUUGGGAUGACGCGAAGGAACGGAUGCACAGAGAAGUCGACUCUUGGCCUUACAGUUUCCCGAGUUCAGAAGAUUUUCCAAAAGUCGACCAACGGGGUAACAUCCAUGGUAGAUUAGUAGUCAGUGACAGGUAUAUAAGUAAGGAAUAUUUGUCUGCAAAGGGUGCUUUUGUCGGGCUAGCUCCACCUGGAGAUGCUGGAUCAUUUCAAAGAGAAUGCAAGGGCUACCAAUUCUGGACGAACUCGGAUGAUGAAGGUUAUUUCUCAAUCCAAAAUGUCCGUCCUGGGAACUAUAACCUCUAUGCUUGGGUAUCAGGCUUCAUUGGAGAUUACAGAUACGAAAAAUCCAUUGCAAUUACUGCAGCUUCUGAUGUUGAUACCGGUGAAAUUGUGUACGAGCCUCCGAGGAGUGGUCCUACAUUAUGGGAAAUCGGUAUUCCUGAUCGUUCUGCGGCAGAAUUCUACAUUCCUGAACCUAAUCCACAGUAUAUUAACAAAUUAUUCAAAAAUCAACCAACAAACAGGUUUAGGCAGUAUGGAUUAUGGGAGAGAUAUGCCGAUUUAUAUCCAGAUCAAGAUUUGGUAUUUACAGUUGGAAGUAGUGACUAUAGAAAAGAUUGGUUCUAUGCUCAGGUGACAAGAAAAAUUGGUGAUAACGCAUAUAAACCUACAACGUGGAAAAUUAAAUUCAAUUUAGAUAGCGUUGAUCAGACUGGAAAUUACACACUGCGAAUUGCGCUCUCGUCUGCAACUUUCUCUAUAUUGGAGGUAAGAGUGAAUGAGGAAGAAGCAAAUCCACCACAUUUCUCCAGUGGAUUAAUAGGAAGUGAUAAUACAAUUGCCAGACAUGGAGUCCAUGGGCUGUAUUGGCUGUUCAAUGUGGAGGUAACUGCAAGACAACUCCUUCAAGGUGAGAAUAUCAUAUAUCUCAAACAAGCAAGGAGCUUCAGUGCUCUCCAUGGGAUUAUGUAUGACUAUAUUCGUCUGGAAGCUCCUCCUCUGUCCGCCAUGCAUUAUUAGUACUUUCAGUGGCGCGAACUCAGAGCAGGUUUUGCGGGUUCAACUAAACCUAUUACUUAUGUUGUAAGCUAUGUAUACAUAUGUAAAAAUGAAUAAAAUGUAUACAUAUAGUAAGAUCACACUCAUUUUGAACGCAUCGAUUCUAGAUUCUAAUUUCGUCUCUGAGUACUUCUGAUCGACACCAAACUGUUAAUAUGACACAGUAUAUUAUAUAUAUGGUGUCUUUUUCAUACACAGGUGAUAUAGAUAUUAACUUUUCGCCUGA